AUUUCCUUCUUAAAAACACAUAGAUUCUCGAACUCUUCGAGGCAAACUAAAAAUGAAGUUUCUGCUUACUCUUUUUUCUUGUUGUGGCAUUGAUGAAUCCAGGUCUUCAUCGGUUUUUAAGGAGAAAAACAAUAAAAGUCAUAAUGUCAGUUUGGUUCGUGAAAAGAAGUUUGGUGGUGGUAAAACAGUUGGGAAAAAUGGACACUGGCGGCCGUCGCUAUGCACGAUUUAUGAGGAAGAUGUGGUCAAGACAAAAAGAAUACAAGUGUAUGUACCGAGUAAUGCACCUUCUGGAUACAAGCAUGAGUUCGUGCUACAAGGUUCAUGGGAUAUGUUUUCGCCCGUCCCAACAUCGUUUUUGUUUUAGAUUUUGAUACUAUGGAGUAUGGACGUGAUUAGCAAAAUCAAAAUCAGCUGGUAUAUGGAAGCUACAUUCAUCAAACUAGUUGAAAACUUAUAAAUAUAUAGAAUUACAUAGAACAUUAAAAGCUCCAAUAGAAUAUAUUAAAAUGUGUUUUGGAUUAUGAGCUUUUGGUAUAAAAGCUUUUUUGUUUUUCCUUUUUUUAAAGUUAAAAGCUCUACAAUCUCAUUAUAUUUUUUUUCUUUUUCCCAC